GAGCCAGCGAAGCAGAAAUUAAUCUUUUUACUACAUCAAUAACAGCUACUACUAGAGUCAGUUGCGGUGUUACUUAUGAUUUUAGAGACGGAGAAAAUCCCUUUAAAGAUUACUUUGACAAUUUUGUCAUGCGUUUCUCUGGUGCCUUUGAAAAAAACGCGAGACUUGAAAAUGAGGUUGAAAGUUUAAAAAAACUCAAAGAGGCUUGGAGUGAAGGUGAUACUCAUAUUGAAGCUAUGAAAUUUGCUGGUGAAUUAGCAGAAGAAAAAUUUUCGGCAGAGACAGAAAAACUCAAAACUGAACUCAACGAUGAGCGAGAAAAAUUACAAGAAGUUAUUGAGUGA